UUCCGCCCACAAACUCGAGUCUUCAGCUUCGUCAUUCUCGUUAUUACCGACUCGCCGCACCAGCAUCUCUUUUUAAGGCCACCUCGCCUUUUUCUUUGCGCCCUCGCCAACUGAAUCUAACAACACCCGUUCCCCUCCCACAGCCGCGCCGCAAGUCGAAGCUCGUAACGGAAGCUCGAGCAACGCCCACUCCGCUAUCGCCUCUACCUAGCUGAAGGAACCGACAAGAAACAUCUUCCUCUCUCUCUUCCUCUCUCCCUCUCGACUCUGCUGCUCCCGCUUGUGCUGCUCCCGCUGCUGCUGCUGCGUCUGUCGCCUCACCUCGUCCUCCUCCUACCGCUUGCUGUCCGCCUAGCUCGUCGUCUCGAAAACACACGUCAUGAUGUCUGGAGAAGCGUGGCUGUUCCUGUUGGCGGUGUUAAUCAACGCCGUCAACCUGUUCCUGCAGGUCUUCUUCACCAUCAUGUACAGCGACCUGGAAUGCGACUACAUCAACCCCAUCGAUCUCUGCAACCGCCUCAACGCCUACAUCAUCCCCGAAGCGGCCGUCCAUGGCUUCCUGACCUUUUUGUUCCUCAUCAACGGCUACUGGGUUGCGCUCAUUCUCAAUCUUCCUCUCCUCGGAUACAACAUCAAGAAGAUCGUCGACAACACCCAUCUUCUUGACGCCACCGAGAUCUUCCGAAAGCUCAACGUCCACAAGAAGGAGUCGUUCAUCAAGCUGGCCUUCCACUUGAUCAUGUUCUUCUUCUACCUCUACAGCAUGAUCGUCGCCCUCAUCCGUGACGAGUCUUCGUAAACCAGACGUCGAAUUCACCGGCGAAACUACCUAACCCAUCACACCAAUUUCUCCGGCAGGGCCGACGCGACCAAACAUAACGGCAACUCUGACGAAGGGGGGGUGCCGGUAGGGCAGAGUAGGGCAGAACGAGCAUGGGACACUGGAAAUGGACCGAUUAUGACUAGAAUUACGCUACGAUGGAGCAACAUGACUUGAUGGCGCGGAUGACUUUGGGGGGGGCGGCUUCGCAUGCAGUUUCAGGCACGGCGUCUGGUGACAUGCUGGCGCUUUGAGCUUCAUACCGAGAGCGACCCCUUCCUCUCUUCGUCUGGAAGAGAUGAAGUUCGAGACCAAGGCUACAGCAGCUUCGUUCUCUUCCUUGUAUACGAGGAUGGAUGCUGCUGGGUCGGGCAGGGUUGGAGUAAUGACGACACUUGAAUGUGAGGAGGAGAUGAUUUGGCUGAAUGAC